AGAAUUAGUUAGCGUCUCGGCCUCGAGGUAUUAAGCACGAGCCAUAUGCACUCUUUAAGUAAAUUGUUAAAGUAAACUGUUCCCCUGCCUCAACUCAUACUUGGCGCAGUCGACCAUGAGCCUUAGCCAGCCAUUCAGCCACAACAGCAAGCCCUUUUGAAGCCUUAUCAUCGCCUUGCCAAGCAUUUGAUCUACACGCCAAGCCCCGCCGUUUCAACGCCAUGCAAGGUAUUGUUUGGGAACAGUUAGACGCUGCUACAAUGUCGCGCUUCAGUGUAGAACUUCUCAGAGAAGAACUGGAAGCACGGCAGUUGGACAGUGCCGGUUCGAAGGAUGAACUCGUGCAACGUUUGAUGACAAAUAUUAAUGCGCAACGUGAAGCGUCUCCGCCUCUCGAACAGACGUCUUCGACCAGCACAGGUGCCCCCGCGGUACAAUUGGACCCCGCCACGCUACAAAACCUGUCAGCUUUGCUUCAGCAUAUGCCACGCCCGACGACAACUCUAACUACGCUGCCGGAUCUGUCAUCAUCCAUACCACAGUUCGAAGACUCACGGAAGCAAAAUGUUAAAAUGUGGUUGGAGGAUGUUCGCCGUGUCCAGCAACUUGCGUGUUGGGAGGACGCUACGACCCGCCUGAUUGCCGCAAGCAAGCUCACAGGCGCUGCUCGUAAUUGGCACCUCGCGCUUGGAAGCCAGUUUGACACUUGGACAACAUGGAGCGCAGCUCUUCAAGAAACGUUUUCUCCGGACUUGACCCUGAUCGAGUGGCAAAACCAAGUCAUGAAAGUGACUCAGGAACAUGGUCAGUCUCUUCAUCAGUACGCUUUUGCGAAGCUACGGGUCAUUGAACGCUGUCCUGUCACUCUCAGUUACGCGCAAAAAAUUGACUACUUGCUUCAAGGUAUACGUGAGCAACACAUCUCCGCAGCCCUAGCAGCCAACAGGCCACAAACGGUCAAAGGCUUUAUCACGACCUGUUGCAGUCUCGACAAAUGUGCUUAUCAGCAAAACAACGCAAAUCCCUCAUCGUCGACAUCUGCAAGCCUGCCACACAGUCGCCUCGGACAACGAAGCCAUCGGAAUCAUCAACACAAGCGUCAGUUUCCCAGUCGUCAGCAGUUGCAUCAGCACAUUCUCGUCCUCGCAUAGCGGACUUGCCAGCAGACCAGCAGGAAGCCAGGUACCAAGCUAUUUCAGCUCAGUACGGUGCACCAGCUUUUCGCAGCGGUCAAGACCUGUCACAAGCAGUAUGUUACAAGUGUAAAAAGCUUGGUCAUCUAGCGUCAAAGUGCCGCAGCAGCCGCUCUUCGGCGCCUUCGUCAGUAAGCACCCCAAGCCCGGCAACAACGUCACAGCCCUCUUUGCACAGCACUCCGAUGGCCUUGGAGAGAUCACAAUUGCAAUGCCCAUUUUUUUACUGCCAGUGUCACGGGAAUAGGAGAAUUUGAAGCCUUCCCAGAUUCAGGAUCAAAGAUCACCCUGAUCUCGAAAUCUCUCGUCCCUGGUCACAUGCUGAAUCCUUGGACUAUGCCGCCACUCGCUGUCGUUGGAGGUAGCACAGUACACUCUUAACUCGGUACCCUUUAGUAAAGGGUAAAAAAUCGCAAUAUUUUACCCUCUAUUUCAGAAGCUACCAGGUACCCUCUGAGCAGUACCUUUUAUAAAAGUUACAAGGAAACCCACUAAUUCGAGGUUACGG